GAACAGACCCAUUGCUCAUCCGAUCGCAUUUUGUUCGUGUGUGUGGAGUCGGAGUCGCAUCAGCACUCGAUAUUUUGUGUGUUUUUGAGAUAAAGUCUCAUCCGAUUUCAAGCUGGAUACCAUAAAAAUGAAGCUGGUGGACCAUGUCGUUCGGAGUUUCAAAGUCGCGAAGGUGUUCCGCGAGAACACCGACAAGAUCAACAGCAUAGACUUUUCGCCCAAUGGACAAACAUUGAUUUCCUGCAGUGAGGACGACCAAAUUGUCAUUUAUGAUUGCGAGAAAGGAACUCAAAUGAGAACUGUAAACAGCAAAAAGUAUGGCGUGGAUCUCAUUCACUUCACGCACGCCAAAAACACGGCCAUUCACAGCUCUACCAAGGUGGACGAUUCCAUUCGGUACCUCUCCCUUCAUGACAACAAAUACAUCAGGUACUUCUCAGGCCACACCAAGAAGGUAGUCACAUUGUGCAUCUCUCCCGUUGAAGACACAUUUCUUUCGGGGUCUGUUGACAAAACCCUUCGAUUGUGGGAUCUGCGAUCUCCAAAUUGUCAAGGUCUCAUGCACCUGGCUGGAAGACCUGUAGCUGCAUAUGACCCAGAGGGGCUUAUCUUCGCAGCAGGCGUCAACUCCGAAAGUAUCAAGCUGUAUGAUUUACGCUCCUUUGAUAAAGGUCCUUUUGUCACUUUCAAAUUAACUCAGGAGAGGGAAUGUGAUUGGACGGGCCUGAAGUUCAGCAGAGAUGGUAAAACUAUUCUUAUUUCUACAAAUGGAUCAAUCAUCAGACUAAUUGACGCAUUUCAUGGAACCCCACUGCAAACAUUCACAGGACACUUAAACAAUAAAGGUAUUCCUAUUGAAGCGUCUUAUAGCCCUGAUUCGCAGUUCAUUUUCAGCGGUUCCACUGAUGGUAGGGUUCAUGUUUGGAAUGCGGGAACUGGCUACAAAGUUUGUGUUUUGGCAGCGGAUCACACUGCUCCCGUUCAAUGUGUGCAAUUCAACCCUAAAUACAUGAUGUUAGCUUCAGCUUGCACAAAUAUGGCAUUUUGGCUUCCUACUGUGGAGGAAAACUAGUCUCCACCAUUCAAAUGAAAAUAAAUCCCUAUUGAUUCUUAGUCAUUCAUGCCCCAAGUGUUAUAGCUAUUUUCUUUUCUCUGUUAUGGAAACACAGUUUUAAGCUUUUUAUUGUAUUUACCUUUUUGUCUUGUUUGCUGUUAUUCAUCAAUGUAAUAUCAUGUUUAAUUUUUGUGUUUGGGUAUCUUCUUGUAAAAAGCGAUUUGUCUACUUGUGAAACUAUUGUAUGGUCAAAAUCAAAUUCAGGAGCAGAGCAGUAAUUGAAGGGGUCAGUUACUCUGAGAAAAGAGCUGUUUGUACAUCAAAAUGAUGAUAACUGCAGGACAUCAAUAUGCCUUCAUUUUAAGUACCUAAGUUAUAUUUUUAAGCUCUGCACAAUUCUAUUAGUUCAAAUUCUAAUUCAUUCUGGGAUUCUGAAUCUUAUUUGGACCUUUGCCUCAGAAUAUAUUAUGUGUUUACUAUCCUGGGUGUCUUCCGUGAUUAUUAUUUCUUAUCGACUGACUGCAUGAGAUUAAGUCAAUUUGAUAAUGCUGAAUUUAGCUGCUUGAUGUUUUGUUUAUAAAAUAUAAGGUGGAAGAUUCCCCCUUCUGAUUAGCAAUCAUCUAUUGCAAAUUUGCAAUUUUCAAUGGUUUUGUUUUUAUGAACUACAACUGCAUAACAUUUAAUAGGGGGCCGCAAACUAUAUGUUAAUUCAAUUUUGUGAUUUUAAUUUGUAAUGUAGCUUUCUUAAGUGUGCUAUGUAUUUACAUCUGAAUACCCAUGUAUUGGAGGCAUAUUGAGACAUGUUUUACUUUGUGACAGUUAUCAUGUCUGAACAGAUGAAUUGCCGUUCAAAAUUUUAUUCAUUUUUAUUCAAUUUUGUGGAUUGGUGGCAAUUUGUGAUUCUUCUGUCAUUGAAAUGCACCUGAAGUUCUCUGUCAUUGUAGAUCACCAUCACCAAAUUGAUUUACUGUGUACAGGUCUUCAUCAGUUAGUUCCCUCUCACUAUUUAAUAGCGAUUCUGCCUGACUGUGCAUUUUGUCAAGCCAUUAUGUGUAUACCUUCUCCUUGUUUGUUCUGUAGAAAUGUCUUUAUAUACCAAGUUAAAAAAAGUAUGGUCUCUACUCUAGCUUAGUUGAAUCAUGUAUGUGAUAGAUAUUGUAAUGUGUUGUGUAAGUGUAGUUCUAUAGAUUGGUCCUCUGCUGCCCAAUAUAUUAGCUUCUAAGAGUUUUGGAUUUUAGGUAAUUGGUACAGUUACCUCGUGAAUAUUAGAAAUCAAAAAGACUGCCGUGACUUAGUGUAACUUUCUGCUGUGUCCCUUUCUGAUCCUCAUCUAUUGAUUCUGCAUGCAUUGUGUGUGUACUGUCAGUGCUUUCAUCUGUUUGGGCUAUGUUAUACAAAUUGAAUUAUGUGCUGUGUGUGCUUUGGUAUUUCAAAGCAUCUUUGUUAUAGAUGUCUCUCCUCUUAUCACUCUCUGUGUGGUGCUUGUUCUAAAGCAGAUUCAGUGAGACUAUUUAUUAUCUGUACAUACUGUAAUCAUAGUAGAUUUCCUUGCUGGUCACGUAACAAGAUUGUUAAAUUUUAUUUAUAUAAUUCUGUGCAUGGUAUAUCUUGGAGUUGGUCUGGUUUUAGCCCAACAACACCAAAGAUGCACCUGCACUUGUGCGCCAGAAGAUGCUGUUAAGAAGGGUUGGUACAAAUAUUCAUUUUGGUUAUGAUAAAGCUGUCCUAAAGUACGAUAAAAAAAAAAACUUAAAAAAAAGAAAAAAUUCAAAAUUUUAUAUUUUUCACUCAAGGACUACCUAUUAAUUGCAUUAUUCUAGUGUGUUCGUUCUUGUUUGUGACAAAUUGGGAGCAUGCUUUUUGUCCCUGGAUGAUCAUAUGUCAUCUUCUCUCAAAAUUACUACAGAUAGUAAAGUAGAAAACACAUUAGUUUUGUUUUUAAAUAUCUUGUUUAGCAAAAAUUCUGAUCUAGAAGUGUUGAGCAAUCAAAUUUAUGUCAUUAACUUUUGCCCUUAUUGUUACUUUUCUUCUUUUCUGUACUUGGCUUUCAGCUGCAUGCAUGUCAUUUUACUAAUUAGAACUCUAUCAGAUCUCAAGAUUCAGUGGGUGAGAAUUUAGUGAAUCUUAGUUCAUCAAUAUUUGACUUUACUAGUUGGAAGAAAUUUCUCAAUGGUUUAGCCCUCAAUGCUUCCAAAGUCCAAAGAUGAUGAAAUGUCCUCAUGUUUUGAUGAACAAAGUCCUGUGAUGUUAAUUGUAGUUUCCGUCUUGAUGUGUCGAAUAAAACUUGCAUUCAGUAUGAAUAUUGUCUCAUUCAUGUUCAAUGUAGUUGGUUAUACCUGCCAAAGGGUACAGAAAAUUUCGUACUUUUCCCCUUGGUCUUUCCAAAUUUAAAUGCAAUCGUUCAAUUAGCACACAAGGACAGACUUCUCGUUUUGUCAUGGAACAAAAGUGAGAACAUUUUCAUGCUUUGGGUUUUCUUCAUAAAUGGACAGCUCCAAGUCCACACUGGACAAGAGCAGAUUUCCACACGUAACUUGUGGCCAGCUUUAUCAGAAGCUUUCAGCUGUAUUGUUAGAGUAAGGUUUUACAUGAAAGAAACCUGAGCAGCUUUAAGUCAUUUUGUUG